UUAACACAGUUGGUAAUGGUGAGCUAUCUAUCGUCCAAUUCCAUCAAAACACAGAUCCGACCCCAUCAAUGAUGCUCUUGUUUCAAGAACCAAGCUAAUCUAAGGUGAUAUUCAGCAUCUCUCUUGGUGUUUUCUCUAAUCCUUCUAUCUUGUUUAGCUUAAUUGGGCAACCACAACUACUGAUUUUGUGCGCAUGUUGGGUUUGGAGUGAGAAAUCAGUCACCUUGUUCCCUUUUCCAAACACCAAGCCAACACCACCACCAACCAACGUGGUCUAGAUCCGAUAUCCAUGGCAAUCCACUACACUAAUCUAUGGCCUUCUCUCUAAACCAAGAAACUCACUCUCACAAUGGGAAAACGUAGCAAGCUGCAAACCUUCGGGAAAUGUCAAACAGGAAACAAUCAAAAAGCCAUAUUUGGCUCCCCAAAGCUUCAUGUGAGUUAGCAAGUCAGUCAAUGGUGAUACAGAUUCAGAUUGAUUGAUUGAAGGUCAUAUGCAUCCCGCUGCAGCUUUUACUUUUUAGCAGUUGUAUUAGAAAGCCACCCAAUAGUUUGACCUGCUGCUCUGCUGAUUUUUCCAAACAAAAAAAAAAAUCUAACAACCAAAGAGCUUCUUUUCUUUCUCCUCCAAUCCAUUUCCAGCCAUAAGGUGCGAAAAAGGGAGGUUCAAUCAAUAUGCUUCUGAGGACGUCGUCAAGCCCAGGAAUAAAAGGAGCAAUCUUUACUGUCCUUUCAGAAAGCCCAGUAAGAGACUUCCGCAAUCCCGCUAGUAAUAGCGAUAGCAAUAGCAAUUCCAGCGGCAGGCAUCACCACCACCACAAAAACGCGCCAUCUUCUCACCUCAGCUUCCCGCCUUUCUCCCCUACUUCUUCAUCCUCCUCCAGCGGGAAAUCAUCUCCGUCGGGGCCGAAUCGAGAAGCUGGGAAAGGUGGAGUUGGGUUUCGAAGGGCUUUGUCUGACAGUAACAUUGACAGAUUUGCAGCAGCUUCGUUUCCUUCUUGUGAAUCCAGCCUACAACAACACUCUCUAACUCCAAGGCGGUAUCCACCCAGAAAGAGGAUGCUCCACUCAGCUCCUUCCUUCUCCGUCUUCACCACUACCGAUGAAGAAGUGGGCGAGGAAGAACAGAAAGAUGGGGUUUUGAUGAGGACCGUGACCAUUGGGGAGAGUAUUGAGAGUGGGGAUUUUAGCUUUGGGAAGGGGAAGGAAAAUGACAUGGGCUUGAUUGAGGAAGUGGAGGAGAAGGAGACUGGAGAAGACGAAGAUGAUGGUGAUGAUGAUGGAGAUCAAAGUAAAAAUUUGACCUUCAAUAAACGUGUGGUGAUUCCUCCGAGUCUGAGUUUUGUCGAAGAUGAGAACCAACCUGCUAGCCCUCCCAUGUAUCUUGCUACUGGACUUGGGUUCGACAGUGCUAUAGAUUUUCAAGCUGCUUCGUCUUUGCUUGAUGAGGGUGGUGAUUUGGAAGAGUACUACAGUAAGAUGCUUGAUCAAUUCCCUAGCCACCCAUUGUUCCUCAGGAAUUAUGCUCAUCUCUUGCAGUCCAAGGGAGACCUCCAUGGAGCUGAGGAAUACUAUCACAGGGCAAUACAGGUUGAGCCUGGAGAUGGUGAGAUCUUGAUGCAGUAUGCAAAACUGGUGUGGGAGCUCCACCGCGACCAAGAUAGAGCAAUGGUUUGCUUUGAACGCGCUGCUCAGGCUGCUCCUCAAGACAGCAAUGUACUCGGCGCAUAUGCUAGCUUUCUCUGGGAAAUAGAUGAGGAAGAGGGAGAUGAAGGUAAACGGGAGCAGAAAGAACACGUUCCUGUGCCGCUUUCUGCUUUCUCUGCCAACAAUGGAGAACCUAGCAGCAAAGGAGGUUUGAUUGUGGAAGAUCAUUAUAGGCAGAUGGUUGAGGAGCACCCCAAUAAUGCUCUCGUCCUAAGAAACUAUGCUCAGUUUCUAUAUCAGACCAAAGGAGACAUGCAAGGGGCAGAGGAAUACUACUCGAGAGCAAUACUAGCCGAUCCUGGCGAUGGAGAGAUCAUGUCUCGGUAUGCAAAACUCGUCUGGGAACUCCAUCGGGACCAGCAAAAGGCGUCGUCAUACUUUGAGAGAGCAGUUCAAGCUGCUCCUUCAGAUAGCCAUGUUCUGGCAGCAUAUGCUAGUUUCCUCUGGGAGUCGGAAGAAGAUGAAUUAGUAACAGAGCCAGGUGGUCAGCUUCCCGAGUCUGCUCAACUGGAGGGUGCUAUCGUUGCUGCAGCUAACUGAAGAAUAUUGAGCUUACUGUGACAAGAAGAGGGGGCUCUCAAUUAGGAGUCCAGAAAAGAGAAACGCGGAGACCAAUCUACAUGCUAUCACUUGCUGCUAAUGUUAGAGCAGUCUUAAUAAAUGUUGUCAAUGUGC